AUGGCCUCUUCUGAAGAAGAAAAACGCGUUGCAUACUGCAAGCAACACAAUGUCCAUCAUCUCUUUGAGCUGUUGGCGACGAAGUUACUGCUGGAUCGCCCCGAAAAUCCGUUUGAGUACCUCCGAGAAAUGCUUUCAAAGGUGGAGGAAUCCGAGAAGAGCAAGCAGUCGUAUGAUCCCACAGUUCUCUCACCACCCGUAAACGGUGCGGUGGAGCCACUCAAGAAGAUCACUUUAGGGACCUUUGGUCUUGAUAAUGCCGGCAAGACAACCCUCAUUUCGGCUUUGGGCGGCCAAAUUGAAGUGAACACCACCCCGACGGUUGGCUUCACCCCGACAAAAUUCCAGACUGAGAAAUAUGAUAUCUGCAUCUUUGAUCUGGGCGGGGCGGCAAAUUUCCGUGGCAUUUGGGUCCAUUAUUUCCAUGAUUGUCAUGGACUUAUGUUUGUUAUAGACUCAGCGGCAGAUGAUGCCGUCGUGAGGGAGUCUCUCAAUGUUCUUCGAGAUCUCUCACAACACCGUUACAUCAAAGGCAAGCCAAUUUUAGUGCUUGCCAACAAAAAGGAUUUAGAGAAUGCACGAGGCACGAAAGUCAUCCCAAAUGGAUUUUUGGACAAGUUGUUUGGACGAAAUACGGCAUAUCGCGUGGUGGCAUCCUGCGGCAUUGAAGAGGACCCUGCCCUGGAAGAGGGCGUGGAAUGGCUGCUUUCGGUGGUGGACAAAUUACAUGACACGCUGGAGGCACGUGUUAAUUGCGACACCGAAGAGGUGAAAAUGGAAGCCAAGAGGAAGGCUGCAGAGCGGCUUGCAGCACUCAAGACUGCCUCAUAG